GCCAGGCAGAAAAAGGGGCUGGAAAAGUGGGGCGCCUUUCCCUUUAAGAGGACGAGUUCCCACAACUUGACGUCAGGGUGUUUCUGCACCGCAGCCGGGAUCUGAUAACCCGUCGGGGAAGGUGGAGGGAGGGGGGGCGGCCGAGAGGAGGCAGCGAGGGCGACCGAGCAAGAGGCAGGAGAGGGCAAGAAGCAUCCCCGGCCGCCUACCUUCCUGCGCGCCCGCCCGCCCAGCAGUGUCCACGGCCGUCCACCUUCCUCAACAACCAUGUCCGUGGCGGGCUUGAAGAAGCAGUUCCACAAAGCGACGCAGAAAGUGAGUGAAAAAGUUGGUGGAGCGGAAGGAACUAAGCUAGAUGAAGACUUCAAAGAAAUGGAAAGGAAAGUGGAUGUCACCAGUAGGGCCGUGAUGGAAAUAAUGACGAAGACAAUUGAAUAUCUUCAACCCAAUCCGGCCUCCAGAGCCAAACUCAGCAUGCUCAACACCAUGUCUAAAAUUAGAGGCCAAGAAAAAGGACCCGGUUAUCCUCAGGCUGAAGCCCUGCUUGCAGAUGCCAUGCUAAAAUUUGGGAGAGAACUCGGAGAAGAGUGCAAUUUUGGCCCAGCUUUAGGUGAUGUUGGAGAAGCAAUGAGGGAUCUGUCUGAGGUGAAGGAUGCUUUGGAUAUUAAUGUGAAGCAGAAUUUCAUUGAUCCAUUGCAAAAUCUCCAUGACAAAGAUCUGAGGGAAAUACAGGUGGCGUGGCUAUGGAUCAGCCGUGUUGUCGAGCUCUGUAUGACUUUGACCCUGAAAAUGAAGGAGAGCUCGGUUUUAAAGAAGGCGAUGUCAUCACCCUCACUAACCAGAUUGAUGAUAACUGGUACGAAGGCAUGAUUCAUGGGCAGUCUGGCUUCUUCCCCAUCAAUUAUGUGGAAAUUCUUGUUCCUUUGCCUCAUUAGGGUAGCCCAUCCAUCCUAUCAAAAUUACUGUUUCUCCUAAAUAAUAAUAUUUUUAAAAAAGUAAUUUGUUGGUACCACUGCUUUUGAAAAAAAUUAAGAAAAUCAAUAAAUGAAAUGGCUGCUUAUUCCACAUCACAACUGUAAACUGCAUUGGCCCCACAGAUAAUAUUUGAUUUUUUGUGUCACCUUGCUGCAGAGUAGUGAUGUGUGAUAUUUUCUUAAGGCCGGACACGUGGGAUGUCCAGGUUACUACAGAGAUGUCUAUGCACUGUUGGGAUGAGAGGAUGUGGCAAUUAAUGGUGCAGGUCUUAGUAUUAUGGAAAGAAAGCAGCUGAGUGAUUGGGUAAGAUAAAGCAUAUUGACAUUCUAUCAUUAUUUUCUUCUCUUUCUACAAAGAAGAGGAAGGGGGGGAAACCACAUCCUUGGACAUUCCAUCUUUCCCUAUCCAAACAGCGGGGACACAUCAGCCACUCACUGCGCUGUAUUUGCUAUAUUCCAGGUGUGGCAGAAGGUAUCUAAGGAAUCUAUUAGUAGAUUUUGUAUGUGUGGACAAUUGUGUUUUAAUUCACAAUUGUUUAACACUAGCAACAACAACAGCAAAAUUCUGCCUAAAAUUGCUGACGUGAGGAGAAUUAAGGGUACCCAGCUGUCAUUUUAAAGCGAAAGGGUCCUACCGACUGCUAGUGCUCAGAACAAAUUAUUUUGCUUAGUGUGCUCAGAGGCUCCUUGUUUUGUUUUUUUU